CAACCAAAAAUUCGCUCUAAAGAAAAUCAUGUGCGAUCCGUGUGGACCAUUCGCGCCCCGAGGCUGCCGCAGCCGAGAACUGCGGUGCGGCAUCAUGUACACCACCUGCGAUUGUGUGAAGCGCAAUGGGCUCCAGGAUAAGUGUCCGCGAUCGGCCUGCCAGGGAAGGCCGGCGUGUCUGUGCUUUCCGUACCCGAAUUGCGGACCAUCAGCAUUUCCUUUGCGCUACGCCAAUAUGACGAUGGGCGUGAACAACAAGCGGAUGCGUUGUCAAGCAACUGGAGCAGGCGGUGGCGGUGGCGGUGGCGGCGGCGCUUGCGGUGGUCGUGCCGCCGGUGGUUGCUGCUCCGCCGGGCCAUGCUCAUCGCCUGGUCCUUGCUGUGGACCCUCUCCCUGCUGUGCCCGCUACCUUGCGAAAAAGGAGGAGAACAGGCCCUGUGUUUGGUGUGCGCCCUGUAAAGCCCACUGCUACAAUACGCCGCCGAAAUGCUGCUGCUAGGACCAGCAUCCGAUCCUCCGAGCAUCCGUAUUCCUCAUUCGGUCCGCACUAGAAUCAAGCCCCUCCGUAAAGUCCCGUCCCGCGUGGCUUUUAGGAUCGGACAAGCUCUGGCCCUGGUCUGGGAGUGGCUGGGAGGGAGCACACACACUUCUAUACUCCAUCCCACGUCCUCAACCAUUCCAAACAAAAAAAGUUUGUGAUUGCAAUGGACAUGUUGAAGUGUUUGUUGAGCGCAUUUUUGGUGGUAACUAAAUUGGAAGCAAGUUGAAUCCGAAAGGAACCCAGUGGCAUCUUGGUCAGAGGUCCCUCAAAAAGAGAACAUCAACGGAGGAAAACAAUGCUCGGGCUUCGUGGAUGAAUGGAAGAUGCCAAAAAUUCAUGAUGCGUACAUUUUCCACCUCGCAUUCCGCAUCUUUCUCGGCAUUUGCCCUAUUGUAUCUCAAUUUCGGCAUAAAAUAUAUAUUCAAAAUUAUUAGUACUAAAAAAAACAUCAAUACAUAUGUCGAGUUUGGGCACUUUUUUGGCAAAUAAAUUCACAAACAAGUUCUA